AUGGAACAGGAGAGCCCCAUGACCAAAGAAGAGGUCAAGCACAAGGAACUCUCCAUCAGCAAUGUUCGACAGGCGCAGAGGAAGGACCCCGAACUCCAGCUGCUCAUUAACUACCUUGAGCAGCUAGAGCUACCUGACGACCCCAAGCUGAGCCAGCGAAUCGUCCUUGAGGCCAGGCAGAUGGGCCUUGACGGAGACGGCAUCCUGCACCACUUCUGGUGGAUGCAACGCGGGGACCGACGAACCAACACCCGCUGCCAGCUGGUAGUACCAGCGGCCCUCGUUGAGACCGUGAUGGCAGCCACGCACGAUGACCUGCUAGCCGGACACUUCAGGGAGAAGAGGACAAUCAAGCAAGCCAGGCAGCAUUACUGGUGGCGGGGAAUGUUCUCCCAGAUCAAGAGGUGGGUGGCCACCUGCCUGACCUGCCAGCAAUGCAACAACCCCAAGGGUCAGACGCCAGGCCUGCUCCAGUCGAUACCAGCAGCGAGUCAGCCGUUCCAGCAACUCAGAGUUGACCUGAUAGGGCCACUACCCCAGUCAAGACGUGGGAACAAGCACAUCCUCGUCUUCGUAGAUUAUCUCACCAAGUGGCCGGAGGCCUACGCGCUGCCCGACGCCACGGCCGAGGCCAUGGCCCACGUCUACGUCAAACAGGUCAUCUGCCGGCACGGCGCUCCAGAAGCACUACUGUCCAACCACGGUAAGCAGUUCCUCAGCGAGGUUGUGCGCCAUGUAAACGAAUACCUCCAAGUGCAUAAGGUCAACACGACGCCUUACCACCCCCAGACGGACAGCCUGGUCGAGCGCUUUAACGGCACGCUCGAGAGCUUGCUCACGAAAUUCAGGAACAACCAUCAAGACAACUGGGACGACCUCCUACCAUACGCACUCUCCGCGUACCGCACCAGCGUCCACGAAGCCACGGGCGACACGCCGUUCUACCUGCUCUACGGCCGCGACCCCUACCUCCCGGUCGACAUCACGAGCCGCGCGGUCAAGAGCGGGUCGGCCACGACGCCGGAGAGACACAAGAGCGAGCUAGUAGAUCGGCUACGGGACGCCUACGCUUACGCGCGCGCGAACCAAGAGCGCGCACAGCAGUCAGAUCAAAGGGCCUUCGACCACCACUGGGAACAGAGCCACUACUACGCUGGGGACAAAGUGUGGCUCCGAGCGGCUCACCUGCCACGCGGGAAAACAGCCAAGCUGGCUAGGAUGUGGAAAGGCCCCUAUCGCGUCGGGGAAGUGAGAGGGCAACUGGUGCUGGCCCUUCAACACGUCAACAACCCCCGAGACCAACAGGUGGUCAGCGUUCGACGAGUGAAGCCGUGCCAGCUCGACGAGAGCUUGGCGGACUUCACUCAACGACUACGAAACCAGCAAGCGGAGGAGCCCGACGACGGCGAAGACAUCGAGGUGGAGGCGAUCCUCAACGACCGACCACGGGGAGAAGUACUGGGGUGGGCGACCACCCGGGAAUCCACCGUGCCGUAUCCUUUUUGCUCUCUUUUUGCUCUCUUUUUGCUUCUCUUUUUGCUCGUUUAG